AAUACAUUUUUAUCCACCUAUUUUUAGGUGAGGUGAUACUUUUGGGAACGUUUUAGGAUCAAAUUCAAGCCGGAUACUUUGGGAGACACUCUCACUUCCGUGUAUCAGUCACCGAAGUACUGACGACUGUCGCCUGAUUCUUUUCCGUUCUUUCGGCCCGGCUGAUUCCUGCGGGUAGCAACUUCCACACUGUUGAUGGGACCGGCGAUUUACUUACAUUAUGUCCAUUUCUUUUCCAUUUGCCUGUUCCAUUUGUUGUGCAGUAUAAACGGCGACACGCUUAGUAAAGUUCCAACCAAUGAAGCCGACGCAAGUUCACUUGUUACAAUUGUAUAUGCUAUUCACAGACGUCCGUCGGAAGAUCACCGGAGGUGUCAGAUGUUUCUCUGGAUCGAUUCUUUCGGGGCUUUACUGCGUCCCUUUACGUUAUUAUUAUAUCAGAGCUCGGCGACAAAACUUUUUUUAUCGCCGCUAUUAUGUCUAUGCAACAUCCCAGGUGCCUCGUAUAUGCUGGCGCGAUGUGUGCGCUAGGUACAAUGACUGUUCUUUCAGGUAAAAUUGCUUUCAACUUAUUUUCGGUUUUAGCGAUUCUUGGUUACGCCACUACGGUCAUUCCUAGAUCUUUCACUUUUUACCUUUCUGGAGUGCUGUUCUUGCUUUUCGGCGUGAAAAUGAUCUAUGACGGUAGGUCAACAGUUGGCGUUACUUCUAUACUCUCAGCUUACCAGAUGUCUCCCACCGAUGCCCAAGAUGAAUACGAAGAAGUCAAAUUGCAACUCGCACAGUCCAAUUCUACGGAUUUGGAAAUGGGGAAGGUGGACAGUUCUCAGAUGUCAUCCACCAGGGAAACUAUCCGCUACACCAUGAAGCGUAUAUUUUCCCCCAUACUAGCCGAAGCGUUCAUCUUGACCUUUCUGGCCGAAUGGGGGGAUCGAUCUCAGCUCACUACGAUUGUACUUGCUGCCACUAAGAGUGUCUCCGGGGUUAUUGUGGGUGGCAUCCUCGGCCAUGCCGUGUGUACAGGCCUUGCUGUCCUUGUCGGUCGAUUUGUCGCACAACGGAUCCCUGUCAAAUGGCUCACCUACAUUGGGGGUGCGACCUUCUUGUUGUUCGGCAUCUUCACUUUCCUUGGAGAUCCGGACUCCAAUUCCUGAUGCGAGUUGGACUGCGGUGCAUGCCUUCCAGUUCUUCUAAGUUGACCAGGCAGUCACCCGAUCUGUGUGAUAAUUCCUCCUGAUUAACUUAUUGUUUCUGAGUCGUACAUAUCAUUCCAUUGUUAUGACUCGUUUGUGUACUACACUUUGUCAUGCUCUUCCAAUGCUACCAUCUCCACCAUCUAAAACCACGUCUACUGAUGUUCGAAUUCGUUUUUUUUU